UUAUUAUACACGCCAGUUACGGUCACGUUGAGCCUCGGAAGCACGUGCUCACCGGGUCAGGAGGGGAAAGAAAUGGAUGGUACUUGUAGCAGUGUGAGGGGAAAUGCAUCACAUACCCAUUGGGAAUACACACGGACGGUGGUGCAGGAAUCGAUGGGUCUUAGCGAAAUACGUCGUUUUAGUGUGGCCCGACGACGGUAAUAUUGGGUUGACAUUUUCCAUAUGUGUCACUCAGAUCAGCGCCCGUGUGGCUGGUGGAUGGUGCUGGCUUAUCAAGAGGAAGGAGACGAAAUGGUAUAGUCGACAGAGCAGCAGCAGCGGUUGUGAGAACUAACUACUCCUGUUUGGUUGGUUUUCGCGGUGUUCCCGGUGCCGGUGCAUCAAACACAGCCGCCGGAGGAGGUGGAGGAGGUGGCGGUGGAGGCGGGGGCGGUGGUGCACGAGGCGGCAGCAGUAUGUACUCGGCACGCCAUUCCGUCAGUUCGUCCUCUGGUGUCCUGAUGGUGGGCCCCAACUUCCGCGUCGGCAAAAAGAUCGGCUGUGGCAACUUCGGAGAACUCAGGCUGGGGAAAAACCUAUACAACAAUGAACACGUUGCAAUAAAAAUGGAGUCAAUGAAAUCAAAAGCACCACAAUUACACUUAGAGUAUAGGUUUUACAAAUUACUAGGAGCACACGAUACACAGUCCCCACCGGAAGGGAUCCCGAGGGUGUAUCACCUCGGCACGUGCGGAGGCCGGUACAAUGCAAUGGUACUGGAACUGUUGGGACCAUCGUUAGAAGAUCUUUUUACGUUAUGUGGAAGGAAGUUUUCCUUGAAGACUGUACUGAUGAUUGCUAAGCAGCUACUCCAUAGGAUCGAGUAUGUGCAUAGUCGUCAUUUAAUUUAUAGAGAUGUAAAACCAGAAAAUUUUCUAAUCGGUAGAAAUUCAAAUAAACGUGAUAAAAUUAUACAUAUAAUAGAUUUUGGUCUCGCCAAAGAGUAUAUUGACUUAGAUACGAAUAAACACAUACCAUAUCGAGAGCAUAAAUCGCUGACGGGUACGGCGCGGUAUAUGUCGAUCAAUACGCAUAUGGGUAAAGAACAAUCCAGACGUGAUGAUCUAGAGGCACUAGGCCACAUGUUUAUGUAUUUCCUAAGAGGUUCACUGCCAUGGCAAGGUCUUAAAGCGGACACACUCAAAGAGCGAUACCAAAAAAUUGGUGAUACGAAGCGAGCGACACCGAUCGAUGUACUCUGCGAUGGCCAUCCCGAGGAGUUCGCCAAAUAUCUGCGCUACGUGCGGCGGCUAGACUUCUUCGAGACGCCCGAUUACGAUCAUCUGAGACGACUGUUUCAGGAUCUGUUCUACUUCAAAGGUUACGUCGACGAUGGUGAAUUCGAUUGGACCGGAAAGACGAUGCCUUCAAAUUUUCACGUUCUGCGGCAGCUACGUAAUGCGCCACCGUCGCACAUCGUGAAAACAAAAUCAGCGAAGUCAACGCCCGUCGGUUCGCUACAGACCGGUCACGAAGUCGUGGUGUCGCCAAACCGAGAAAGACAUACACCAGCAAACAAGGAAGGUGCUGACUUCUUCAGCUACUACGACGAGGAGCUGAACGACGAGACAAUUCAGAUAGCAGAGCAGACGAAUUCGAAAGGAGGUGUCGCAGCCUGGCCGGACGUGCCCAAGCAGACUGGAACGCUGGGAAACCUUACGCCGGCUGACCGACAUGGCUCAGUGCAGGUCGUGAGUUCAACCAAUGGGGAAUUGAAUGCAGAUGAUCCUACCGCCGGACAUUCGAACACACCGAUCACGCAGCAGCCUGAGGUGGAACUGGUUGACGAAACAAAAUGUUGCUGUUUCUUUAAACGAAAGAAGAAGAAAUCGUCCCGCCAGAAAUGACUAGAAGCAGUGCAAUGUAGCCCGGAGCGCGAAGCUGUCAAGCUGCUACGCGCCACCUCCCACUCCAACUCGCGGGACAGCGUCCUAAACCCGAGCCAGGAUUACAUCCAGGCCUCGUCGCAGCAUACGAUCCGCUACCCAUCGACCUCCGUGCUGGCCUCGACACCAACGCCAUCACUUCCAUUGUAAUGUAUUUGCGUUCCAGAACACACACCCACACACUCACACACAAACACACAAGUCGGCCUGUUUUUUUUUUGUUUCUGUUCAGUUUCGUUCUUACGUUUGUUUUGGAUUAGAUCCUUUUGUUCUUUCUCUUUCUCUCUCUUCGUCUCUUCAAAUCUUUCAUUGAGGUUAACUGCUACUUUUAAAACAUUCACUUCCCUUGUUUUGUUUGCGUUGUGUUUCUUCUAAACCGUUUUUAUAUGAUCUUACAUCGCAUUAGCAUCUGCAACUUAUUUAGUUUGGUUGUACCGCCACUCGUACAGACUCGCGAAGAAAGCACUUCGCGAUACGAUCAAAACAAACGUCUGCGUCCAUUUCUCUUGAACGCCUAGCAUUUAAACACAAGGAUAAUGAUUGUUUUAUAAGUUUACCGAGACAUCUACAUUUGCUUGAGAGGCAACUUCUGCGCUAGAGGAACAGCCUCCAAUUAUACACAUCCAAGUCCUGUUUCCUUGCGGAAGAUGACUUCUUCCACACUUCCAAUUGCAUACAGGAGGAGAGCACUAUUGUUUACGUUCUGCGCACAUGUCGUGUCCUUCCGUUUAACACAAUUCAGUUUACAAAUUAUUCUCAUGCGCUGUCUCAAAACUCCGCUGUCUGUAUUGAUGUGUAAUCAUUAACGUUGAAUUAAUUUUCUUACCAUCUACUACUGAACCAACUACACGCGCGCGCUCCACGCUCCCCAACCGCGACAUCCAACCACGUGUGCCAUCCACGCGUAUCUUCACCGACAUCUGACUAUAAUUGUGCUAUCUAUUUCUUCUACUACCAAUGCUACUACUACUACUACUACUACUACUACAACAACCACCUACUUCCUUCCACUAUUCUUCAAUCACGCAAUUUACUGUAACACACACCACCUCUACCGUCUGUGACACUACCAAAAAUUGCGCGUACGAGAAAUAUCUUCUGCCUGUCGUCGUGGCUCUCCGUCCGCCGUACUCUGCGCCUGGCCUUUGGUUCCUGUGACUUUUUUUUUACACAUAAUUGGUCACGAUUUCUAAAUAUGAACUAAAUUAUGAACGCACCAAAAUUCCGCCGAACGGGGCUGUAACAUAACCUGUGUUCUCCCUGCUUAUAACCACAUCGUUGCCAACUACCGAACCAAACCAUCGAUAUAAUACUGCAGUGAUCUCGAUGAUGACAUUGAUCUAGACGUUAAUGAUCUUACUGUCGUGUUAUCCUUCCUACGUAUACUCUGGGAAUGAAUGAAAAGGCACCUUUGAUGCAUAUGAUCGAUGAGGUAUGAAAAGAAAGCAAGCCUCUCUUGUUAACGUAAUAUCAUCCACUUUACUCCCAUUAAAUGGCUUUGGCUCUUUACGCGCUAUCCAUGAUGGCUCUAAUACGAUUUAGCGAUCGAUGAAAGUAAGCUAUAAUUACUCCCUCAAGUAUGGUUUAAGAAGGACAAAACAAACGCAAGUGAAACGCGCACCAGACAAAAGCUAGGCUUGAGAAAAAGGGCAUUUUUUAGUAGGGAAAAUCCAGAAAAACAGCCCAAGAGUUCAGCACGCAAAGGAAGCUCUAGGGAUACUAGGACAAUGUAUGGAACUAUGGCUAUAGAAUAUAGGGAAACAGUUGCUAAAUUUCUCUGCAAAUCAAAGUGUUGAUUUCUCUUUCUCCGAAACAGUCGCAAACAAACAGUGAUAGGAUAUAAAUGAAAUACUCGCCGGAAUAGACUUCAAACGUCUCUCCCAUCGCAUCAGGACAAGUAGUCCGCUUACUUUUUGGUGUAUGGUUUGCAGAAGAAUCGUUAAAUGAGGUAAACUAAUCGAUUUCCUUGUAGCUUGGUUACAGUCCAUGAUAUUAUUUUUGUUGAAUAAUCAAUAAAAGAAACCUAGAACACGAAUCAUACAGCUAUCAAUAGAAUGCGCUUCUAAUAGAUUAUGUGGUUUUGAACAUUUUUUUUGUUGCGUUUUCUAAUUUUAUCUGACGUUGAUUGCUUUUAGUAUUUUUAUAGCUUUUUGUUGCCUUUUUGGCAUCAAUUGAAUGAACGAAGUAGACAAGAUUUGUACUUCUAAGCGCUGCGGGAGAAAGGAAAAAAAAUACCACUGAGAUAAUGCUGAUGAAUUUAUUUGCAAAUUACCCUUAUUCUUCUACCGUUACAUGUACCGCGGCGUAUGUGAGUGACAAACCAAAAAUAACCUUUUCUAUCAAAUCUAGCAACAUUUUAAAGUAAGCAGAUAGUUGGUAGUCGGCGUAUAACAUUUUUAGUGUGAGAAUCAGUUUUGAACCACGUUUUAAGAACCAGUCAUAAGAAAGCACCACUUCUAGCAUAAUAGUGCGCGUCGGUAAAGGCGUAUAGCGUAUAAGGCACUUUAUAGGGAAGGCUUCGAAUGAGCCUCAAAAACAUAACCAUGGAAAGCGAGCUUUUGCACAGCUUGAAAUUAAACAAUUCGCGAUAAAAAUAUAUCUACACUUUCACGCAUAUAAAGAGCCAAAGCUCACACGCGUUUAGUACAAGAGAAUACGCUCAUCGAAAGAGGAUACAGUAAUCAAGCGAUAGCACCGACCGUAAUGUCAUUCUUGAUCGAACACCAAAGCCAAUCAUUGAGUUAAUGAAAUGUUACUCCGAGUCCCACUUCCGUGUGGACAGCAAAACUGCGGUUAAACCAUUUAUGCCCCUUACUGCCCCAACAACGUGCCGGUGGGAAUGUCCUUUCCCAUACGAUAUAGGUGAAUCCAAUACUCCAAUAUCCACGCCGUUGAACUGUUUUCUGUUUUGCAUCUCGAGCACAACCACGAGUAGUAGUAGUAGAGUUUCGUUCCCUCUUCUUGCGCAAACUGGCACACAUUUAACCCUUGGCUUCAGCACUGUUAUGAUUCGAUGGAAUGCAGCACAGGAUAGUUGUGCACUGUUGAUUGUUACGUCUGCAGCGAGAACGUCUGUUGUCUUUUUGAUUGUUUCUGUCUUCGAAUCAUGAUAUUUUCCUUACGUUGUUUUGCCCAAUUUUUUCCAUAAAGUGCCAUUGAUUUUUCAUCAUUGAUUUGAAGAAGGAAGCCAAUUAUUGGCAUUUAUACUCUAAUGGCAUGAAUGUAUAGUUUUCUUUUUGCUGUAUUCGAUAACCAGUUGAUUUCAAUGCUUUCGUGUCCUGGCCACCUUCUUUUCAUUUCCUUUUACCGUUAUUUGACAAUUUUGAGACGCAUACAGACAGCCGAUGAUGUUUCGUUAGUGGUUUGGAUAGUGACACAUCUGAGAAUGCUAAAAACAAGCACGCGCUUUCAUACAAAUAUCACCAUUAAACAAUAGAGUACUUAACCGACCCACCGUUACACGCUACUUACUCUGCUACAACACCGUUGAAUCGUAUUUGCACAUACACCCUGCCCCCACAUACUGCAUCUUUUGACUUUUUCUUCCACCACACCAAAACCACACAAAAACAGUUUCAAACGUACUUUUCCCACGUUCUCUCUAUCUCUUCCUCGUUGCCCCAUCUCCUGUUAACUAAUCCUUCUACUAUUGUCGCUCCUUCUCUCAAACACCGCUCGGAUGUCGCAUUUGAAAUACUCUCAGCUCAGGAGAGACGUACACGUACUUGAGUAACUUAAAUGAAUAACAAACAAAAAAUGAAAAAAAAAAAACAAAAACAGAUUAUUUGUUUCAUGUUGUUUAAAAUGUUAUUACACCGUUUUGGUUUUGUUUUCGUUUUUCCGUUAACUUUGGUUUCAUCCAUGGAGGACUGUGCGGAAUGACAAAAAAUUAAAAAAAAAACAAAAAAAGGAAAAAAACAAAGUGACUAAUUCACAGAAAAGUAACCGAAAAAAAAAACAAAACGUACACAACAUACACAUGCUGUCGAUUACAUCCUGCCAUAUGUGAACGCGAGAACCGGAACAGGAAAACAUACAAACUAAACUCAAAACAGAAGAAACAAAUACAAAAAUGAAUAGGAAAAAACAAGAAAACUAUAUAAUUGUUUAUAGAAGGAAGCUGCAUAACACAACACUCUGGUAAAAAUCUUUUUUUAAUGGAGAUUUUGUUAUUAUAUUCAAAGUGCUUUUUGGCUUGAAAGGCAACAAGGUGAUCUAUAUAAAGGCUUUUCUGUAAAUACGAUUUAGCCGUUCGUUUAACAGCUUUCUUUGACUGUUUUCAUCAAAACAUGCACCAUUUUAUAUGUGCUGAAUGAAGAUGAAUUAUGCUUUUUUUGUUGCUAUCAAUGAUGUCAAUCUUCGCUAAUUUGAUAAACCGUGGCUGCUGAGCCUUGUGAGUGAUAGCGCAAAGCUUGUUGGUUUACCAUUUCUGUUGGUUUUUUUUCUCUCCCAAUUGAAUGCGCUCUAUUUCGUGCUCUAAAAUCUAAUUGUGAUACAAAAUAGUUUCCGCUCUUCUCUUUGUAUAGUGCGAGCGCACAUGUGGGUGUGUCUGAGUGUACAUUUUAAAAAUGCAUUGAGCUCACAAAACGGAUCUCCAACGUCCUUUUUUCCCCGUACACACAUACAAACUAUGCCAUUGCGAAUGCUUGUGCUAAUAAAGGCCAACGUAGUAGAGAAAAUAGAAGAAGUCUUCGCGGAACAGGCAGAACGGAACGUAGCAAAAGACGCAAGAAAAAGUGUAACAUAAUUAGAUGAGCAACAACAACUCAAAACAAACGACUCAAUACCACAACUAUGAGAGAGUAUGUGUGUGUGUGUGUGUUUGUAUGAAUUAUCUUAUCUACACAAGCAACCAAGCUGUGAAGCAGCGAACGACAAAUUGUAGAAAUCGAGUGCAAAAUUCACAUUUUCUCACGUGUUGUAUGUGUAUGUUACCGUCGCCUCCCAAGCAGGGGUGAGUUACCCGCAAGCAGCAGAUAAGGAAGUGAGAUAUCGUAUUGUAGGGUAGUAGUCGACUUCCUUGAGUGAUGAAGGCUCUAGUGAAAGACAGGAUUGUUGAUGUUUUGUCCCCAUUUCUUGCGCGCUUUGCAAGCUGUGUUUCACAAAGAAACCAAAAACAUGUGUGCAAGUAAAAAAAAAAUACAUGAAUGGGAAGCUAUAAUUACAAGCACAGUGAAAGAACAAAAUCGUAUAUUGAAGGAAUAGAGGCAAAUUGGAUUGGAAUGUCGUGAAAGCGCGUUACAAAAGAUCGGUGAAGUAAAACAGCUACCGAACGAAGCGUGUAAGCAUAACACAAAAGCGCAUCGAAUAAGAAACGCAUAGCUACAUACAAACUACAACAACAAAAAGAAACAGAACAAAAACAUAAAAUUUGAACCACAACCGCUCCAGAACAGAUGAUAAAUGUGUGUAUGUGAGUGUGUGUGUGUGUGGGUCUGUGUUUGCAAAACAGUAGCACAACUUGCUGUUGCUUGUUGUGUGUACCACCACACAAAGUUUUGUUUUAUAAAAAGAAAAUAAUAUGCCAGUUUUUUUGUCAAAGUAACAUAGCAUAUAAAAGCAAGCAUAAACCGGGAGGACAAAACCGCUGCCCUCCUCAAGCAUGUCAACAGAACACGAAAACGAAAGAGAGAAAGAUGAUGGUGGCUGUAAGCAUGAAAGGGGUGUCUAUCAAAUACGCCUGCUACUGCUACUUGGAUUGAACGGUCACAAAAAGAGAAAACCGACAUACAGGAAGACACAAAGAGAGAGAGAGAGAGAGAGAGAGAGAGAGAGAGAGAGAGAGAGAGAGAGAGGGAGAGAGAGAGAGAGAGAGAGAGAGAGAGAGAGAGAGAGAGAGAGAGAGAGAAAGGUGCUGUUAAUGGCAAAGCCUACUGCUACUAUCUAUCCACUACCUUACUUGCUACUCCGUGGUGUUGUGGCAAACGGUGGGUAGUAGCAGCUUAAGCAUGUGUCCUCCUGCACUCACUCCCAUAGAAGCGGGCAGCAACCGUCAAAAGAUGGACUACACCCACACACCACACAGUCGUGUCCAGUACGGAGUGUUGUGGAUCAAACUAAUUAUAGAUAGCAGAGAAACGACAGUAGAGGUAGCAGAGAUGGCGACGGGAUGUAUGUGUAUGUGUGCGACAGAAAGGAAGAGAGGGAACGCGCUAAACACACUUAGUAUACACUCGGUAUACAUACAAUUGGCUAAGUGGAGCCGACAAAACAAAUCCACAGAGGGUUAGCGAGAGCGAUAGAAAGAGAGGGCAGAGAAAGAGCUACACUAAAACAUGGGAAGGGAAUAGCUCUAGGGGAAUAGUUACAUGCAAGAUAGGAAUAGGAAAUAGAAAGAGAAAAGAAACGUGUGCAAGAGCGCUAACUAGUAUGAGUGAACGUGCGAACAGGCGAAAAGGGAGUGAAAAAGAAAACAAGUAAGAAAAACAGAACCUACCUAUUCGAUAAGAUUAUUUAAGUGAAAGCAAAAA